AUGCUUUCGGUGUUCUUCGUUCAGUUGGGGCUUUUGCUCUUCUCUGCUGCUGCCGCAACUGUAGUUUCUAGACAGGUGCAAUUGGGCAAAUAUGAGUAUUUUGUCCCCCCUACCCCAGCUUGGAAUUUGCGGUCUUGGAAUACCACCACUGGCAGGGGCAAGGGUGGCUUGGUGCCGGUUACUGCUCUGAGUUUCAAUGGCACUGCCGAUUCCGAAGCGGUGAAACGGAUCCUGAAUACUUAUGAAAAGGCUGACGAUGUAUGGACAUCUUCUUUUACUGAAGGUAGUCAAGUUCACAGAUCUACAUGCGGGCACGUUGCCUUGCUAAGCUCCUCAAAAGUUCUCUAUAUCCAAUCCUCGCAAGCAGUUGCGGAAACAAAUUUGCAGAAGCGAUUGACACCUGAGUACAAUGUAUCCGAACUUUAUGAGAUGUCUAAUCAUUGGGUGCCUCCCGGACCGUAUUUUCUGGAUCCCACGACGGGCAACGCAUACCAAGCUUACCGUCUAUAUGUGGACACUAAUCAAGCCUUUAUUCAAUCAUCCUAUCAAGAGCCACAAGGGAAUCAUGAGCCUCUACGUGCUGCCGUCAUGUCUGCUGCAGCACUCACAAUCGCUGUUCCAUCCCGAUUGUACUACACUCCAACACCAGAGAAGCCACUAGCUGGCGUACGAAUGGCCAUCAAAGACCUCUUUGAUCUGAAGGGCCUCAAAACAAGCGGUGGGAACCGGGCCUAUUACGAAAUGAGCAAUGUCAAGAACAAAACCGCAAUAGCCGUUCAAAAGCUGAUUGACGCGGGCGUGGUCAUAGUUGGCAAAACAAAGUUAUCCGAGUUUGCAUUUGGAGGCAUGUUCAUCACCGAUCACAUUGACUACCUGCUUCCGUUUAACCCACGAGGAGACGGGUACAACUCUCCGAGCGACAGCUCCGGUGGCUCUGGGGCGUCCGUCGCCGCCUACGACUGGCUUGAUGCGAGCAUGGGCAGUGACACGGGGGGUUCGGUUCGUGGACCUGCUCAGUGGAAUGGCGUUUACGGAAAUCGACCAACACGUGGUGCAGUUGAUCUGGCUGGAAUCAUUCCGCUGAGUCCUGCCAUGGAUACGGUUGGGCUACUUGCUCGGGAUCCGUUGUUGUGGUCCAAGAUCAACAAAGUGCUUUACGCCGGGUCUUUCAUGGGGUACAACAAGUAUCCGAAGAAGAUCUUUAUUGAUCCAUCAAGUGCAAAGGAGUUAUCUGAGGCGAAACUGAAGCAUCCCGAAAUGGCGACCGCAGUAACAAAAUUUCUCAACCGGUUGUCAAAGAGGUUAUCUGCUAACAUAUCUACUUUCUCAAUUGACGACGGAUGGAACAAGAGCACACCUGCUGCGUUCAACACCACACCAAUUGCAAACGCUGUUGAUCUAAUUUAUAAUAAACUUACGCGGUAUGAGCAAUGGAACACGUUUGGGAAAGGCUUCGUAAAGAAAUAUAUGGAAACCCACGACGGAGACUUUCCUCAUAUGGUACCCGAUGUGCGUUUGGGCUGGCAACUAGUCAAUGCCUCCUUGACGGAGCACGACCAUACGAGUGAUCUGAAUGACAAGGCUGGGAUUACCGAUUGGGUCGGCAGAAGGUUUCUUAAAGCCGAUAAGGACACAUGCUCGAAUGCCAUCUAUCUCUAUUUCACCCUACCGUCCAAGUCGUACAAGCCGGACGUAUCCAAAGACACGUCUAACCCAUACAUCGCAAAACUGAUUGGAACCGUAUCUCAGCAAAAGAUUGAGAUUCUCAAACAGAACGUAACCAUCAGUUGUAACACAACGAUGGCAUCCGAAGAAGCGUGCGAGUCAUCUCGUAAAGAACUUGAGAAAGCGACAGUGUCACCACCAUACUCUGUUUAUGCCGGUCGGCUUGCAUCUGUCGCCGACUUGCCUGACUAUUCCAUUACCCUUGGAAGCUUUGAUCUUGGUGAGGCUACCUUUUCGGAUUCAACACUGAAGAACCAGAGUCUGCCGUUGGCUGUUGAUAUUCUGGCUGCAAAGGGAUGCGAUUUCAUGGUGUUGGAUCUUAUCGAGGACUUGUAUCAUAGCGGUGCUAUUAGAGUUGCUCGGACAGGGCCGUUAGUUUAG